AUGGGUCUCCUCGCCGCCUCGGACUCAGGCGGCGCGCUCGUCGUCGGCAUUGGCAGCGGCGCCGUGCUCUGGCGCGUGGGAACGGCGACGACGCUGCGCGGUGCCGACGACGAGCGCUGCGUCGCCGUGGCAAUAAGUGGAGACGGCGCCACGGUCGCGACGGCGUCCGACACGAAGCGCCUGCGCUGCUGGCACGGCGACGGCCUCAGCGAGGCGGAGGCGCCGCGGCGCGUGAGUGGCUUGUGCAUCGCGCCCUACGGCGCCGGCCAGGUCCUGCUGGCGUGCUGCGCCGGCGAGUUGUACGCGUUCCCGCUCCCGGCGCUGGACAAGCCGCCGCGGCGGCUCCUCGCGCACACGUCGAGCGUCCUGACGGGCGUCAGUUAUGCGAAUGGCCUCGUCGCGACCGCCGACCGCAACGAGAAGGUGCGGAUAUCCCAGUUCCCCCGCUGCGAGGAGAUCGAGAGCUUCUGUCUGGGCCACACGGACUUCGUCUCCGGCGUCGAGUUCUUGUCCGGGACGCGGCUCGUGUCCUGCGGCGGCGACGGCUAUCUGCGGGUCUGGGACGCGGCGACGGGCGACUGCGUCGCCGAGCGGCGCGUCGGCGGCGUGUGCACCUGCCUCGCCGUGUCGACGGCCGCCGUCGCCGUCGCUACGCAAUACUGCCUGAAUGUGCACGUCUAUCCAUUUGUAGAGGGCGUUCUAGCAGAGGAACCGUUUAUGCUGGACCAGUGUCCCGACGACGGCGCGCCGCCGUCGGACCUGUGCUUCCGCGGUCCGUCGCUCGUGGCCCUCUUGCCAGGGGAAUGGGAGGGCGGUCCCCUCGUCGAGUGGCCUAGGCCGACGGUGCCGCCUGAUGAACUGUCCGGCGCUGACGUGGAACAUGUGGCCGGGCCGGCGGUGCAGGACGCCGCCGCGGGCCUGGGCGCCGUCGCCCCGUCGGCCCUCUUCCAGGCGCUCGAGCGCGACCACGCGCACGCGACGCCCGCCCGCGACGGCGACGACGCGGACAAGCCGUCCAUCCUGCGCAAGCACGCGCUCGAGGCGCGCUACGACGUCUCGCAGCUAGGAGUGGUCCCCAAGAAGCAGAUCGUCGAGGACAUGGCGCGGCGGCGCGGGCGUGAACCCGCUCCAACACCCGAAUCGCCUGCGCCACCACCAGCGCGACGGCGGCGCGGCGGCCGGCGCCACCGGCGCGACGAGCCAGAAAGUAAAGACUAACCACUCUC